CAAUUACUUACUUCUGACAUAUCUACACAAACGGAAACUUGUGCAGACUUAGACGACGAAAGAUCCAGAUUGGUAGAAAAGAUAGAAAAGUUACAAAUAGACAGGAAUGGAAUAGAAAACCAUGCCAGACAACUCAAAGCCGACAAUGAUGAUCUCCUUAUUCGGUUAAGUAAAUUGGCAGGAGAUAAACUUACAGAUAACAAUCCAGCUAUAACAGACCUGAGUGAUAGUAACAGACCUGUCAAGCUUGGAGAGUUUUAUAGUGAACUAUAUGACAAUGAAUGGACAGACGCGUAUGAUGCAUUGUUAAAGGCUGGAUACACCGAUGAUGAGACAAUUACGAUCCUUAAUCGCACAUUAAAACACGUGAUGACGUAUUGUGAAGCUAACGCAGACAAACUUGUAAUAGGAUUACCUGAUACCAUUUACAACUUUUUUGAAGAAAACGACAGUUUUUUUCUGCAGAUACAUUCUUUCGGACCAUGUCAACCAUAUAACGUGUGUGAAAUAUGGUCACCUAAAGUCAACUUAAAUGAAAAAAGAUCGGAGAUCAAAAACCAUAAACAGGUAACCAUAGAAGGAAAUGCAACAGUUGAUAUAAGAGAUACAGUCAGAAGGUUCACAAAGGAGAUAUCAGUCGAAAUUGUUCCACUCGUAAAGAUGGGGUUUUUGAAAGCGGCCAACUGGAAUGAUAAUUGUAUAGAAGAUCUUAAACCUUUCAUUUUAAAAUGUGUUUACCUCUGUUGGAUGAUGUCAGUUCAAUCCCAAAGAAUGGUUCUGCACGAACUUCCAACUGACAGAACAGAUGUGCCGUUUGAUAAAGGCUUAUAUAAAGAAUAUAUUACAUCCGGGCCAGUAGUUAAAUACGUCGUUUGGCCAGCGCUUCUUUUACAGAAAGAUGGUCCUCUUGUCUGUAAGGGUGUAGCUGAAGGGAUGCAACCUGAAUCAAAAAAAGAUUAUGUAUAACAUUCUUACAUCCAAGAACAUUUUAUUUCCAUGUAUAAGGACAUGUUUAGGUGCUAGUGGGAGUGAGGGAUGUUGUACGUUUUCAUUAUCCCUCAUACUAUUUAUGAUAAUAUUUGGCAAUAUUAGGAAGCAUUCGAUUUUGCAAUAAUUUUCUUUAUUAAUUGUAAAUAUUCUGUCAAAAACACAUUGUUCAUUAGGUAUAUUUUCAUAAGAAACAAUAAAGUACGAUGUUUGGAAUUUCUAGCAUUGUGUAUAGUUGUUCACUUGUUUACACCCACUAGACCGU